AUGGUGCGCAUUAUUGGCCGCGAAGCAUUUGAUUCCUUCGAGAUAAUGACCUCACUAGAAUCGGUAUUCAGUCGCCGAUUUGACUUUUCUAUCGAUAUUCUUCGUAAUCUUGACGGAAUUCAUUCACAUAAUGUUCCUGACCUCUCUGUCGUAAUUAGCAUAAGUAAUCUUAAAUGGUGCAUGACGUCCGACUUCUACACUUUGUUACGUGGUGUGAUAGAGAAAAACUUUGGUGAUGUGCUGAUACCGGUGCCGGAGACGAUUCCCAUUGAGGUUCUGCAGAAACCGACAGAAAUAGGCUGUGAUAACAAGUAUGCCACGCUCUCGUUUCGACUACUGUUUGACAAUGUGGAGGUUGACUGCCAUGUGCCGACUAUGGAUUCGAAGUCUACUCGGUCUAAUUUAUUUGGUAAAGCAUUCACACCGUUUGCUAGUGUUCACCUUCUCACUGCUCGCAUCAGUCUCGACGUUUUCAUUGACGGUCAAAGUGAGCUUGAUCUCGUCUGUGUGGACGCUAAUCUCGUCGAUACGAGGCUAGGUAACUUUUCUUUGAUGUUCGAAACUCAUAUAAUGAUGCGAAAAGACGAAGCACCUGUGAUUACUUUGGUGUUGAUGCAUUCAAAACUCUUGAUGAUGUAUGAUUGGCUGAACGAUGUGAAAAAUUUCGUCACUCAAAGCGCAGAUUUCGUACCUAAAGAUGUGAACGAUCCUGGUCGAAGUCUUGGAAGUGUCGUAGCCCGUCUAGGUGGCCAGCCAUUCGAUGAACAACAGGCACUAUCUUUGAAAAUCACUCUUAGAGAUUGCGAUUUGUAUUUUCUGGAGAAUCCACACAUGGACAACAGUUUUGCAAUUGUUAUGAAUACCACAGCUGUUUUGAAUGUUAACGAGAUUGGUGGUAUCGAAAUAAGUCAUAUUGUUUUCAAAGCCGAGAGAGCAGACUUCUGGUUGCUUGACGACUUUCAAGGCAGUUCUAUACCGAUACUGCGAUUAUCUCUCUUAAAUUUGAGAAUCGAUCGCCAGUCAGCAGAUAGACUGGUAUCGAGUUUCUCCAUAUCGGCUGAUUAUUUCAAUCAACGAAUUUUCGGUUGGGAACCAUUUGUGGAAAAGUGGUCGGUGUUGCGAUUUCUUGCGAUAAGAAAGGGGAACACACGGAAUCUGGACCUUGUCGCUGAAUCUCGAAGCGCUCUUGAUAUCAAUGUUACCGAACAACUUAUACAACAAGCCAUGCAUAUUUCAUCACGAUGGCCAGUGAUUCGAGACUCAUUCAAAAGAGACGAUUUUCGGAGGUCGCGCUCGGACCACUUACCAUACUUAUUCAAGAAUCAGACAGGUUGUGAUGUCGUGUUUACUACAGCGGUCGAGGAUAUCCAGUCGGCGAGAAAUGCACAACGAAAGACGUCGGUGCGAUGGAUCAGUGUAGCGAAGGAUAUGGAACUCACAUUUGAGUUCCCACCACGUCUUCUUUUGUACACGCAUUUCGAGCGCGAAUCUUCUCAUCAGCUCAUUGUUCGGGUAAACGGGUGGGAUGAAAUUUCACCAGUAAACGUAGACUCGUGUGGCACAUAUUUUCGUUUAGUGAAGGCUGCUAAGGUAACAAAUUUACAGAAAGGCAUGCCUACGGCACGUGUCGUUAUCCAAGUGACAGUGGAAAAAGACGGGAAGAAAGUAGUUGUGGUUCGAUCGUCAAUUGACGGGAAAUUUCAUUUUCAUCUUUUCUUUCCAUUGGCAUCGAUUAUUACUGUAUUGUUUUCCACUAAUGCUUUAAUUGAACAGGCUGAAGUGACAUGGUCAAAUGUUCGUGAACCUGGUAAGACACUCAAUUGUACUCAGCGAUUGCUAACAACAGAUAGCCAUCGGCUGUGUACGUCUGUUCGCCGUGAACACUAUCCUGAUCAUGAGGUGCUACCAGGUCAUACAAUUUUCGUGGUAGCUCCUCUUAAUAUUCAGAACUUGUUGCCGAUUGACGUUGAGAUACAUAUCCUCGACCAGGCAUUUCCUAUCUCUGCCGGCAAAACAUCAAUGAUUACAACGGUAUUUUUUGCGUUGAGUGGACUCACUGUGGAUAUCACUAAGUGUUUUGCUAUUGGAGUGGUUACCGACAGAAUGAGGACCGUGCAGGAAUGUUACAUAUCGAAAGGUAGCAUAGGAGAAGGUCAACAGGUGUCAUUAAGGUUAUCUGACUCCCUUGGACGUCCUCUUGAUAUGUACGGUAACGUUCGUCUAGAAAUUGGCGGCUGUAUAUCGAUUUCAUUGUGGGUACCCUAUUGGAUUGUUAACAAAUCAGGGAUUCCUCUAAUUCUUAAACAAGAAGCGACGGAUAGUGAUGCAGCUGGACAAAUGGCAGAGCAUGAACGUGCAAAAGACAAGCAUCCGUUGAUGUUCAGUUUUGCUGACGACGGCUGUCCUAAACAGUGCAUGGUACGUGUCGGUCGUGAACUUGAAGUCAAUUAUCAUCCACGAUACAGUCAAAAAUUCGCUCUCACUCCGGGCGUUCAAGCUUUGAAACUGAGUAGUGUGCACGAGAGCUUACCAACAUUGUACUAUAACAUCGGCGUGGAAGUCCGUGCAGGUACUGGACGCUAUAAGGAUACACAAGUUGUACUACUCACCUCGCGUUACGUUAUUAAUAACCAGUCGUCUUAUGAGAUGUUCGUCUGUCAUCACGACUUUAUUGAUCGUGGUUCGGAACAUGUGAAAAUCACGGCAAAGUGUAGCAUUGUAUGGAAUGAGAAUUAUGAAGACUGUCGCCAAAUGUGCGUACGACGAAGCGACGUGAAACAUUGGAGCUGUCCAUUUCGCAUUGAUCGCAUCGGAUCGUUUCAUGUAACAAUGAGAGAUGCUGAUGAAACGCCAAGAUUUGUUCGUGUCGAGAUUAUUUUGAACAGUGCUGUGUUUUGUGUGACGUUCACUAAUGCUGAAUGCUAUCCUCCGCCGAUUCGAAUAGAAAAUCAUUCUAAUGAAAACCUAGUUAAGGUACCAGUUCUAUAUCAGCAGCAAUCAGAAAGCCCUAUAGGGCAACAUCUUCGAACGAUAUGCAAGGCAAAGAGCCAUGUAGACUAUGCGUGGGAUGAUCUCUACGGAAAUAGACGGAUUGUGCUGCAGGUGUAUGAGAACAAAAGUCAUGUUUACGAUCCAUCUCUACCAGGAAUAGGGCCACAACUUGUAUAUGAGAAUCACGUAUACCUCAAACUGGCAGCAUCCUUUAAGAGCAAUGGUAAUCAGUUGUGGUCUCUUUGCAAAGAUGGCUGCAUAGAGAACAUAGGAAUGUCGUACCGCUCACGUACACGAGUUGUUCUCGAUGUUCUUGAACGCAUGGGCUUUCAACUUAUGAUGAAAGAGCGGUCAUCUUCACGCGAUCGAUUCCAAAAAUGGAAUUUAUCACCGGUUGUUAGCAUAACAGAUCGCGAAGAUCGUGCACGUGCGAUGUCACUGAAUGCAAUGCCGAAAUCAGUCGCUUCUGUUUUACUGGAGUUUAAUAUGUCGAUGAGAGCCGGAAUUGGUAUAUCGUUGGUUAAUGGCUCAUAUGAGGAACUCAUAUAUGCCCGAUUCGAAGGAAUCGCACUAAGUGCACGUCAUCUCGACGGAACCUACCAGCUGAGCGGAAGUGUGGACUCCAUUCAGUUUGCUCAGGCGUCCGAUGCGGCGACGAGUGUUCAACAGAAAACACUGAGCAUGCCACCCAAUACCGAUUUGGAGCGACCUGACCCAUUUCGUACAAGGCGUUGGUACUUCGGAACUUUGGAUCUUGAAAUGGGCCAAAUUGCGUUGAUGGUGACGGUAUCAAAAUCGACUCUUCCACCGAAGUGCCGUCAGCUAAAGCAGCAAUUCAACGUGAAGUUGAUAUCUUUUGAAAAAGCUGCCGUUUAUUUACCGCCGUUCCGACAAUUUCACUAUUUCGAAACAAGUUCAUUCUUGUUGGAGAGCUUGAGGAAGUUCUAUCUUGCUGAGCUUCAAAAACAAACGUUGAAUAUCGUUGUUACUUUGGACGCGUUUGGCAAUCCACAAGGGCUGGUCACAGAUCUUAAAGAUUCUUUCCAGGGGUUAUUCAUCGAAGGCGAUCUUCAACGAUUUGUCGCUGGUCUCGGAUACGGCGUUUCCAACAGUAUUUCAAAAUUAGCCUCAUCUGCAGCCUCUGGUGUUGGAGCGUUGACGUUUGAUCAAGAGCAUGAAGCGAAACGCCGACAUAACAUUAUUCGUUCGCACAGGUACGUAGUAGAAACCGUCUCCGGUUCGCAACCACCGAAUACAGGCGCCCUUCGUGGUAUUACCACUGGUGCUGUGGAUACGGUAACGAAGCCAGUACAAGGAUUGUUCGAUUUGGUUGAAGGAACAGCGUCAGCAAUGAAAGAACUCGCAGGCCCAGCGACGGGUAGCGGACGAAGACUCGCAGCGAGCGCAAGAAUACGGCCACCUCGACUUUGCCGAAAUCUCUACCAUCUCUUACCGCCAUACAGUCAUCAGCUUGCAAACGCACAGAUGGAAAUGAUGCGCAUCAAUGGUCAUUCAACGAAAGAAAGGUUGCUCGACGUCGAAGUUUGUUUGGAACAAAUAAAUGGUAACAACGUCAUACGACAGUAUGUCUUAAUCUCGACGAAGCAGUGUUAUGUAUGCCGUCAAGUUAACUCCGAGCCAUCUAAUGUGAUCUUCCGCAUUCCCUACAAAUACCUAAAGACGGUUAAGCCACGUCCUGAAUUAGAGAAUUCAUUGGCCAGCUUGGAAGUCAUUAUCGAUACGGAUGAUCGACGAACUCUUCCUUCACAUAUCUGGUGUGGACGGUACGAAGUUGCAAGACGUUUGGGCGAGAAAAUGAUGCAAGCAAAGCGUGAAUAUGAUCAUAGCAAACGGACGCUUAGCGAUCAAGAAUGUUCGGACGGCUGA